CCAACCUGGUGGAGAACCCGCCGCCACCGACUUUGGCGCUUGGUUUGGGCGCCCCCUGCUGGACACGGCUGGAGCACGGCUGUCCAGUGACCUGGGGGCUCCCACCCGCCCCAGCUGCCAGCAUGGAGAAGACCUACUCGCUGACGGCCCACUACGAUGAAUUCCAGGAGGUGAAGUACGUGAGCAAAUACAGCAGCAGCGGGGCUCUGCCCAACGGCUUCAACUUGCAUCUGGGCUCCGCAGGGGCCAAGAAGCCUCGCUGCAGCUUGCCACGCUGGAGCCGGCGGGAGAUCUGCCUGCUCUCCGGCCUGGUCUUUGCAGCAGGCCUGUGUGCCAUCCUGGGGUGCAUCCUGGUGCUCAAGUAUUUGGCCCUGGAGCAGGAUGCCUACUGUUUGGAGGGCUGUCAGGAGCGGAAGGCCUUCACCAAGGCCUCCCGGUUCAUUGCCACCAACAUCGACCCGACGAUUGACCCCUGCAAGGACUUCUACUCCUUCGCCUGUGGCGGCUGGCUGCGCCGCCACGGCAUCCCUGAGGACAAGCUCAUCUACGGCACCAUUGCUGCCAUCGGCGAGCAGAACGAGGAGAAGCUGCAACGCCUGCUCCGGCAGCCGGUGCGGCGUCCCUACCGGGCCUCGGCCGAGCGCAAGGUCAAGGAGUUUUUUCGCUCCUGCCUGGACAUGGCGGAGAUUGACCGGCUGGGCGCCUGGCCCAUGCUGGAGGUCAUCGAGGACUGUGGGGGCUGGGACAUGGCCGCCCUCGGCAGGCCAGCCGAGUGGGACUUCAACGAGCUCUUCUACAAGACGCAGGGGGUCUACAGCACCACCGUCUUCUUCUCCUUGACGGUCAGCUUGGACAGCAAGAAUGCUUCCCGCUACGUCAUCCGGAUUGACCAGGAUGGGCUCACCUUGUCCGAGAGGACGCUCUACCUGGGCCAGGAUGACGAAAGCGAAAAGAUCUUGGCAGCUUACGGGGUCUUCAUGGAGCGCCUGUUAAACCUGCUGGGUGCUGAGCAUGUGGAACAGAAGGCCAAGGAGAUUUUGCAGCUGGAGCAGCGGCUGGCCAACAUUACUAUCUCUGAGUAUGACGACCUGCGGAGGGACAUCAACUCCAUGUACAAUAAAGUGACAUUGGGAGAACUGCAACACAUCACUCCCAAUCUGAAAUGGAAGCGUCUUCUGGAGAGAAUAUUCCAUCAGCAUUUUUCGGAAGACGAAGAGGUGAUCCUCCUGGCCACCGAUUACAUGCAGCAAGUCUCAGAGAUCAUCCGUACAACACCGAUCAGGAUCCUUCACAACUACAUGCUGUGGCGCAUUGCGGUGGUGCUGAGCGAACAUCUCUCCACCCCGUUCCGGGACGCCAUCCACGAGUUCGCCAAGGAGAUGGAGGGUGCUGAGAAACAGCUGGAGCUGGCCAAGACCUGCCUGAGCCAGGCCAACAAGCACUUUGGGACGGCCCUGGGGGCCCUUUUCGUCGAAGAAUACUUCUCCUCCAGCAGCAAGGUCAAGGUGCAGCGGUUAAUGGAAGAUAUCAAGCACAUCCUGGACCGGCGACUCGAAGAACUGGACUGGAUGGACGAAGAAACCCAGAGAGCGGCCCGAGCAAAGCUGAAGCACAUGAUGGUAAUGAUCGGAUAUCCGGACUUCCUGCUCAGCCCCGGAGCAGUUGACAAGGAAUAUGAGUUUGAAGUCCACGAGAAAACCUACUUUAAGAACAUCCUCAACAGUAUCAAGUUCAACAUCAAGCUGUCGGUGAAGAAAAUCCGUCAGGAAGUGGACAAGUCAGCGUGGCUGUUACCUCCUCAAGCACUGAAUGCAUAUUAUCUCCCUAACAAGAAUCAGAUGGUGUUCCCAGCUGGAAUUCUUCAGCCCACACUCUAUGAUCCUGAAUUCCCACAGUCCUUGAACUAUGGAGGUAUCGGUACAAUCAUUGGGCACGAGCUGACGCAUGGCUAUGAUGACUGGGGAGGGCAGUACGACCGGUAUGGUAACCUGAUGCACUGGUGGACUGAUGCCUCCUACAGCAAGUUCCGCAAGAAGGCGGAGUGCAUUGUGAACCUGUACGACAAUUUCACCGUCUACAACCAGAGGGUGAACGGGAAACACACGCUGGGGGAGAACAUUGCGGACAUGGGAGGACUUAAACUCGCCUACUAUGCGUAUCAGAAAUGGGUCCGGGAACAUGGCCCCGAAAACCCGCUGCUGUGGCUGAAAUACACCCAUGAGCAACUUUUUUUCAUUGCUUUUGCCCAGAACUGGUGCAUUAAACGGCGCUCCCAGUCCAUCUACCUACAGGUGCUGACCGACAAACACGCUCCCGAACAUUACAGGGUGCUGGGCAGCGUCUCCCAAUUUGAGGAGUUUGGACGGGUCUUCCACUGCCCUAAGGACUCCCCCAUGAACCCAACCCACAAGUGCUCCGUCUGGUGAAACGCCAACCUGCCCCGUCCCUGCCUGGAGCCAGCCCGUACCAAAGCGCCGGCUGGUAUCGCUCUUCUCUGUGCCACUGGCCGGGCAGAGGGA